AUGCGCAGAGGAAAUGAUGUGGUAAUGGUCGUCUAAUUACAGAAGUGUCGCGGAGGGCACUUCCUCCUACAGGAACGAACGCAGCCUACUCUGACAUCGAGGGAUGUCCCAAACCCAGGAAUCGUUGCUGAAGUAAAUGCAUGAAAUUUCUUUUCGCUAUGGCUUCAGAAAGGUUGGAUCAAAGUUGAUCAACUUUAUGGACGUCGACGGAGGGCAAUGUCGAUUGAAGACGGAGACGUUUUACGAAAGCGAAGCAAGACGUUAUCUUCGAAUUUCAGCCAGAUGGCAGAAUAGCAAGGAUUCAGCCGAAAAGAGUUGGCAACAUUGUUUGGCCGCCGUCUACCGAGCACUUCCUCUAUUAUUAUCAACAUAGGUCCACGAUGUUCCAUGGCGUCAUGAUUCUCCUGGUCCUCACCGUGGUGGUGUUACCUGCCUCCAGUGUGCAAGAUAACCCGGGACCCACUGGCAUCGUGUGUGUGUGUGACGGGCCCGCGUGCUCCCACAUCAACCGCUGCUUCGCCGCGCGGCACUGCUUCUCUGCCCUGGAGCCCCAGAAUGGGACGGACCCCCAGCGGCGGCGGUGGAGGGGGUGUGUGGCAGCGGGGGACGCCGGGGAGGAGGAGGAGGAGGAGGAGGAGGUGGAGGGGGGCGGCCCUGCCGUGCACUGCGGGAGCCCCGGCGUGUUCUGCUGCCAGGAGGCCCUGUGCAACAUGAACGUUUCCGUGGAAACGCCCGCCAGAGAGGGGGCGCCAGCUGUGGCCGUACCCGAGGCGAAGGAGCCCGAGCCGACGGCGGAGCAGCACGAGCAUGAGCAGGAGUGUGUGUGCGAGGGGCCGGCGUGUCCCCCCGGCGGCCGCUGCAUGGGCCGCCAGUGCUUCUCGUCGCUGUCGCUCAACAACGGCGUGCCGGUCUACCAGAAGGGCUGCUUCAAGGUGUACGAGCAGGGCAAGCUGACGUGCAAGACUCCGCCCUCGUCCACACAGGUGGUGCACUGCUGCACGGGACACCUGUGCAACGUCAACCGCACCGUAGAGCUGCCGGUCAGAGCGAGUGACGGCCGCAGCUCUAGCGUGACCUCUCUGGCGGUUGUGAUCGUGGCGCCAGUCAUCGUGCUGAUCGUCCUGUCAGCCGUGGCCAUCCUGGUGUUCCGCCGCAUUCACAAGAACCAGAUGGAGCAGCUCACCGCGCGGGAUGCUGAGUACGGCACCAUCGAUGGCCUCAUCGCCUCGAACGUCGGGGAGAGCACACUAGCGGAUCUGCUCGAUCACUCCUGCACAUCAGGCAGCGGAUCCGGACUCCCCUUCCUUGUCCAGAGGACUGUAGCCAGACAGAUAACGCUCAACGAAUGUGUGGGUAAGGGGCGGUACGGAGAGGUGUGGAGAGGCCAGUGGCAGGGUGAGAGCGUGGCGGUGAAGAUAUUCUCCUCCCGAGACGAGAAGUCUUGGUUCCGAGAGACGGAGAUCUAUAACACCGUGCUGCUGAGACACGAGAACAUCCUGGGCUUCAUUGCGUCGGACAUGACUUCGCGAAACUCCAGCACGCAGCUGUGGCUGAUCACGCACUACCAUGAGAUGGGCUCCCUCUACGACUACCUGCAGCUGAGUGCAGCUGGACCUUGAGCCUGCCUAAGAUGGAGGCGUGUCCAAGCCAGCGGCCUGGCCCACCUCGUGGAGAUCCCCGCACGCCAGGGCAAACCGACCUCGCUUCGUGACCUCAAGAGCAAGAACAUCCUGGUCAACAAGAACGGCCAGUGUUGCAUCGCUGACUUGGGCCUGGCUGUCAUGCAUUUCCAGGACACUAAUGAGCUGGAUGUUGGCAACAACCCUAAAGUGGGCACCAAGCGCUACAUGGCCCCAGAGGUGCUGGACGACUCCAUCCAGACAGACUGCUUUGAGUCGUACAAGCGCGUGGACAUUUGGGCCUUUGGCCUGGUGCUGUGGGAGAUCGCUCGGAGAACCGUCAGCAACGGAAUAGUAGAAGACUACAAGCCUCCCUUCCAUGAUGUUGUUCCAAGCGACCCCAGCUUUGAAGAUAUGAAAAAGGUUGUGUGCAUAGAUCAACAGAGACCCAACAUCCCCAACAGAUGGUUCUCAGACCCAACUUUAACAUCCAUUGCUAAACUCAUGAAGGAGUGCUGGUAUCAGAAUCCAUCUGCAAGACUAACUGCAUUACGCAUCAAAAAGACUUUGACAAAAAUCGACAACUCUCUGGACAAAAUCAAAGCGGACUGUUGAACUCCUUCCAGAUGGAAGACCCCCUAAAGGCCUUUAACAGAAGUCCAGUCGGAGGAGCUCCUGGGGUGGACUGCACGCCAGGACCCUCCCGGGAUCUAGUGCUCUUAUAGUGGCACAUUGUAUUUAUUUUAAACUCUCGAUGGGACACAUUUUGGCAUCCAAAGAUGGUGUAGUGGGCAUUUAAAAAAGAUCUGGGAAAAAAGACUACUGAUAGUCUUUGCUAUUUGGUGACUAUCCCUUUUAAGACAUAGGAACUUUCCCACAUAGUCAUAUUCUUCAAGGAAGAAAAAAAUGUUACUUGGGCAUUUUAGGAGAACGUAUGUUACACCUUUUUUGGUUUUGACACAGCUUUGAUUUGAAAAAAGAAAUGUCUGAAAAAGAAUAUUUCAUUUAGCAAUAUUGUAUGUGCUUUAUUUCCUUUAUUGCACUAGCAAUCUUUGCAUUCCUUACUUGCACUGUUACAGAUGCAUCUGGAGAGAAAAAAAUUCAACUUGCCAAAAAAGGGGAGUUCCUUUGUGUUUCACAAUCACCAUAUCUCUAUAGUAAUCAGAGAACACAACAACAAAGGAUCAACUUCGGCUGCAUCUCUUGCACUUGUGUUUACGAAAGGAUGUUCCUCUGCAAUUUACAACAAACCUGUAAUUUAUUUAACACACUAACAUUACAAUAGUACUGCAGCUUUAGUCACUCUCUUCCUCCUUCCGAGAUGUCUGAUGUAUCCUGCUACAGAACAUUUUGUAUAUCACCAAGCAUUUAGCAUUAUGUAUCUGUUUUGUUUGUUUGUUUCAUAAGCUUUAUUUGAUACAGAUGCUAAAAGAGUAAAUAAAAAUUUACUAGAUCAUGCUGAACUCAACAUAUAAAGUAAUGCCUGUAACGGUUUAUUGUCUUACUGUGUACAUUAUCAAAGUAAUUUAAGUUCAACUUUUUUAUUUUAUUUCAUUCUUAUUUUAUAUCAGUUAGUUAUUUCAAUUAAUUAAAUAGAAAACCAAAAUGCAUGCAGAUGGUACCGGUCUCAUCUUUGCAUUUGAGGUUGCUUGUGUCAAACUGCUUAUUGUUUAUGGAAACUAGAAUACAUUUUGCUCAGCGUUGUCCCCAAUACCGCCCAUUCUCAAGACUGCAGACUUGUAAGUUUUAGCUGUUUUGAGCACAAAGGGUCUUUUCAUGGGUUCACCAACAACUGCAAUUUUGUAACAAAAUACAUGGGCUGUGCCUGACCAGUCUCAAGUCAGUCUCAGAAGGAAAUGGGCAAUUAAUUUGUUUUCACCUGAAAAUGUCAGAUGUCUAAACUUGACCCUAAACACUGCAAACUGCACUGCAUGUGAUUCUGAGCCCUUGCCCAGAACGAAAUGGUAAGCUGUUUAGUCCAGGCAGAUUUCUAUUCAUUUGUGUACAUGCCUGUUAAAUGCCCAAAUUCACAGCCGGGCUUUUUUUGAAGUAGUGGAAUGGAGUAGAAAGUAAUUUUAUCCAACCCAUAUUUUGUGGUCCUAAAUCCAGUCAAGCAUUCUUGCUUGUAUUUCAACUGUUUUAAAUUAUGAAAUCUGUUGUAAAAGGGAAUGCACUAGUAUGUCCUCUGUUUCUGUGUGGAUGACUAUCAAGAGCACACAGUACUGCAUUGCAUUAUGUGUGAGUUUGUUUAAGUGUAAUAGUUGGAGCAUUAUUUCAGUAUUGCUGGCAACUGCACUAGCUAUUGUGACAACGGGGAAAAACUGUCACCAGUGUUAUAGCCCAUGUGAGACCACACAUUCAACUACAAGACAGUCAAGGGCACAGACUCCAUUGUAAGAUCAACUACUGCUGAUCACUGUAGGAAAGAAAAUUACCAAGCGCAACAUAAUAGUAUUAGCGUUAUUGCCCUGACCAAUGUUAUGGCACCACCCUCAUAAUGGACAUGAUACACUCAUAAAUACAACCCCAAUUUUCCCAGAACGUAAGUACAAUCAUGACGGCUGAUAAAAGUACAACAUUGCUCUUAAUCUGUGUUGCAUUUAUUUACUUUCUCUGCUGUAUAAUAAAUUAAAGAAGUAUAAUAAAUGAAAGGUUCUCUGAUCAGGAGAAUAUUUCGAAAAAAUA